GAUUAACACAUUUUUGAAACAAUAUCUACAUAAAUUAUAUCGGCAGAAUACUGCAUGAUAUGUUAAAAUUUUCAAUUUUCCAGCUUGUGUUAUACAAAACCGACACGUAUACGACCUCAAAUACAGCUUUAUUUGUAAUCCGAGUUUGAACGCUCGGAUCCAAGGUCAUUCAUAAUUUUUUAACAGGUUUUUUUUUUCUCCCCAGAAAGAGUGCCUCUCCUUUGUUGUAUAGUAACAGUCGAACAGAACUCUGUAUGAGCAGAAAGGUAUACCACAGACAGGUUGGUUUCGCUGUACCAGUAGUGUAUGAAGAACCCGGAUAUAUAACUUCCAAGUUCAACUCAUUUGUUUGUUAUUCCGAAGACUGAUUUUGGUUGUAAUCAUGUCAAACCCAGAAGAAACCUUGAGAUAUUUUGCCACCUAUGCAGGGCUGGCUACCGUUAAGAUGGUGAUACUUGGACCAAUGACUGCAUUCUAUCGAUUAAAAGACGAGACAUUUGCAAACGAGGAAGAUUACGCUCUGUCUACCAAGAAAGAUCGACGACCAGUUUUCAAUCACCCUCGUAUUGAACGAAUUAGAAGAUGCAAUUUGAAUGACCUUGAGAACAUCGUGCCCUUCGUGAUCAUUGGCGGACUCUUCGCGGUGUACUCGGGCGCCCCUCUUACCACCAUCAUCUGGCAUUACCGCAUCUUUGUUGGUUCCAGGUUCUUACACUGCAUAGCAUACCUUCUACCCCUUCCCCAGCCUAUCAGGGCUCUGUGUUACGGGGUCGGAUUGAGCACCAACCUGUCCAUGGCCAUCCGACUUCUUAGUAACGUCUGGCAGCUAUAGAUUGACCUUCGAUAAAGCAAUCAUCAUUUCACUACCCUUCCAAAAAAUGAUAAGAAAACAACAAUGUUGAUUUUUUACACCUUCUUGUCUAAACAUCUGAUACUGUAAAAUAAACCUACAAGAGAUUAGAUUAUAUUAUUAAGUUUAAGUUCCACGUCAUUUAGAUAUUCAGUCUUUACUUUUUAGAUCUAUUUAGGGGGUUUCCCGGGAGGGGGGUUAGGGGCAGGGGCGGCGCCACAAGUGGCAGGGGCAACCACCCUAAUGAUUUUGCAAGUGGUGAAAAGGAGGAAAGGAAAAAGGGAGAAGAAAAUAAGAAAAAAGGACCGAAAAGGGAAAGGUUUGGGUCGUCUAUUAUACCCCUAAUAUUCAAUAUUGAGGAAAAAUAACCAUAUACAGGGUGAAAAUAGUGAAUUAUUGUACUACUUUAGAUGCUAAUUCAGAGUGGAAGGGAAUAUGUACCGAUUUAUUGCUAUAGCAAGUGUUGAUAAUUUUGUUUCAAUUCUGUUAUAUAUAUUAUUUGAAAAUCUGUAAAGAUCAUGUGGCGCAAUGAGCCGAAAAUUUGAGGGGGCUCGAUAUGGCGUAUCGCGCAAAAUUGAUAAAAUUCGCGAGCGAGCACAAAUUUCGACAUUUUAAUUACAAAAAUCCAAGUUUGUGAUAGAUUUUUACAUAAUAUUCAGAAAAUAAUAUCAUAUUUUACCCUUAUCCCUUCCCUUUUCUUUCCUUUUCUCUUUUUUUUUCUUGGUCGUAGAAUUUUUUUGUGGAGAGGCAAUUAGAGCCCCCAUUGCCAGUGCUUAAUAUAACUAAAGAUUGAUAUUGAUAUGUUGAAUAUCUCUUUUAUGAGAUGACACAAAAAGGACAGAUUUAACGAACAGCAACCCUUUCCAACCCCUCCCCCUUUUUUAAGUUCAGGAUGUAAAAAAUGGCUUGCACUAAAAUUAAAGAGGGUAGUACUUCCAAUCAAAUGCAGUGAUGUUUACAUUAUAUAACUGUGAUUCGUUUGAGUUGUGUGUUGAUUUUGUACAAUGUAUAAAAAACAAUUUCAUUAAAGUUUUAGUUAUAAUUGUGGAUUAUCAAUGGUGUUUACCUGACAUUUAGACUGGACGAACAUGAAGAAGUGGAGCAGUACAAAAUCCAACCCAAAUAAAAGCUUGUGUUUAGAGGAAAAGAAAACAAGUUGAUAGGUGAAAGUUUGAACAAUAUCGGACAAAAAAUAAGGAAGUUAUGAAUUUUCAAAAGUUGUAAUUUUGGUAAUCACAAUAUAUGGAGACUUCAAAUUGGCCGCAUAUGACGGCAUAGUGAUGGAAGACCACAGGGAUGUAAACUAUAAUAAUAGUAUAUCUCUAUGUGGAAGACGAGGACAACUCUUCCAUUUACUCCAAUACAUAAAACGGCUAAAAACAAUUUUUUCCCCAAAAGUUUUACUUCAAACUUCUUAUAUUUUUCUUUCUUGAGGACAUAUACUACCUGGAUUAUAUUUGGGAAUGGGUACUUUUAGGAGAAAACCACGAAUUCCUGAAAAUGAUAAGAUCAUGGCCUAUAUGGGAAAGUUGUCCUUCCUUUGUCAUAAUUUACUUAACCAGUUGCCAAUUCGAAAUCUACUUGGUCUUAUUAGGGAUCUCAAAGCAGCCAUAGCAAUUCUGUUUCAUUUAUUUGUCUCCUUUCUAACACAACAUUUCAUGGCCAAGGCUCGAUUCCCCAUUUAAAUCUGCCAAAAAUAAGGAGCAAAAUUUUUUUUUUUUUGCAUGAUCAUUUUCUGCCCUAUUCUAACAAAAUUUGUUUUAUGUCUGUGUGAUUUGAAGAGAUCACUUUUUAGCAUAUGUCACCAUUAAAAAAAUUGUUACAGGAGUUGAAAAAAUAAUGGCCUUGAACCCGUUGUAAAAGAAAGCUAUGAUUUUUUUAAGUUGUAAAAAGUUAAAAUCACCAUAUCCAUGAUAUCACGGGGAUAUCAAAUUGACAGCAUUAGACACGAUACUGUGAUGUAUUGGGUCAACUCCUUAAUUUACUCCAAUAAUCAAAAUGCCUGAAAUGUGAAAUAUUUGAAAAAGGUUGUAUGUAUUACUGAUAUUGUACAUAAGUAAUGAGAAAAAAAUAUAAAAGCGAAUGAAAACACGGUGGAUUAUUGUGAUACUAUUUUCUUAGUAUUAUGUCAAAAUUUAUCAAAAUGUUUGGCUCAUUAAACUACUGAUUUGGCGACAAGA